AUGGGUUUCGCUCAGUGCGGGUGGCCGAUAUGGCGGACCGACGAUUUCACGCCAUGUUUCCAGGAAGAUUACCUCAAGAUCCUCCUACCAUUGAUCGUCGCAGGGCUGUCCCUACUACGACUUCUCACCUCAAAUCUCCUCCGAGCUGCCAAGCUAAAACCGAACCAUGGGUACGAUCGCGUCGCCGAUAACGAGCAGGACCGCACCUACUUACCCAGAGACGAAGAACCGGUCGACGAGAGUGACGAAGAUGAAGCGCUGACUAUGAAUGGCGGCCGCCUUGCACUGGCCAAGGUCACUACCAAGGGCUCCAUCGUGCAGGCUGAUACUCCUGCUGGUCAAACUGUCCUUCCCGUUAUCGAAAUCCUCGCCAUUGCCGGUCUGGUCGGUGUCAAUGUUGUCGCAUUGGUUCUCGAAGCCUACAGCGGCCCUCACGGCAAGAUUGCCGCCAUUGCUGGUCUCAGUGCUUGGACCUAUGUCCUGAUUCUCGCCGCGCUGCGUCUCAUUCUCAGAAACACCCAAUGGCGCGCAUCGCACCUCUGGAACCACACCGCUGCCAUCUACUGUGCCCAGUGGCUGUUUUCGCUCAUUGGCUUCCGCUCCGUCAUUGUCCAUCCUGCGACGCAACUCAGGCAGACUUUGACCAUCGUCGAUUUCGCUCUGACCUCGCUCCUCUUCUUCAUGUCCAUCAGCACACGCAAGGGAAACAAGACGGUCAUUCUCGAGUGGGAGGACGGUAUCCAGCCCAGUCGCGAGAACUUGGCCUCUCUCUUCUCCCACUUCACUUUCGGCUGGGUUGACUCCAUCAUGUGGGAAGGCUGGAAGGAGCCGUUGACUGCCGACCGGGUCUGGAAUUUGCUUCCUACUGACAAAGCCGCUACCGUUUUGGCCAACUACCGCCAAGUGCAGAAGACCACUUCGCUGGCUUACCACCUCUUGAGCUACUUCAAGGGUAUGGUUGCUGCGCAGGCUGCCUGGGCUGUUAUGUCGGGCGCCUUCACCUUUGCGCCCACCCUGCUACUCAAGGCUAUCCUCGAAUAUGUUGAAGACCCGACCCAGGCUCCCCGCAACGUUUUGUGGCUCUACGUGAUCCUUCUCCCCAUCACUGAUAUUGUCCGCUCUGUUGGCGAUGCCCAGGCGCUUUGGAUUGGUCGCAAGAUUUGCAUCAACAUUCGUGCUAUCCUUGUCGGUGAGAUUUACGCAAAGGCGCUUAGGAGAAAGGCUGCCGCCGGUAACGACAAGGUUCUCGGCGAAGACAAGAAGGAUGAAGCUCCCGCCAAGAAGGGUUUCUGCGCAAAGCUCAAGCGCGCUUUGGGUCUUGCGAAGGAUGACAAGAAGGCCAAUGAUCAGUCUGCGGCUGAGGCUGCCGUUACAAAGGCCGAGGAUAAGGCCGUCGAGGCUGAUGAGCAGGCCAAUCUGGGAACCAUCACUACCUUGAUGUCCGUCGACAGCUUCAAGGUCUCUGAGGUCACUAGCUACCUUCAUUUCCUCAUUGCCUCGGCUCCUACACAGCUGAUUGUAGCCAUUAUCCUGCUUUAUAGCGUCAUGGGCUACAGUGCCAUCCCUGGUUUCAUCAUCAUGGCUCUGCUCCUUCCUGUCAACAUUGGCUUCGCCAAGAGUUUCCAGUAUACCCAGAAGAAGAUCAUGUCGGCUACUGACAAGCGCAUCCACACCACGAACGAAGUCCUCCAAAACAUCCGGAUCAUCAAGUACUUUGCUUGGGAGCACAGGUUUGAGACCAUUGUUGAUGAGAAGAGACGGGCAGAGCUCAAGGCCUUGCGGACUCGGUACAUGGUCUGGGCUUGUGCAGUAGCUGUCUGGAACACGGUUCCUAUCCUCAUCACUUUCUUCACCUUCUUCGUCUACACCGUCAUCGAGAAGAAGCCGUUGUAUCCCUCCAUCGCCUUCACCGCCAUUUCUCUGUUUAUGCUGCUCCGCUAUCCGCUUGACCAGCUCGGAGACAUGAUUGCCCACGUUCAGGAGUCCAAGGUGUCUGUAGAUCGUAUUGAGGAGUUCUUAUCUGAGGAGGAGACCGAAAAGUACAAGCAACUGGGUCAGGACAGCGUUGACGAGAACGGCAACAAGAUUAUUGGUUUCAGGGACGCCAGCUUCAUUUGGGGCGGCAGGAACACUGUUGCUAAGGAUGGAAGCUUGGCUUUCCGCCUCCUUGACCUCAAUAUCGAAUUCCAGCAGGGCAAGCUCAACGUCAUCACUGGCCCCACGGGAUGCGGAAAGUCCUCUAUGCUUAUGGCUUUGCUUGGUGAGAUGACCAUUCUCAAGGGUCGUGUCUUCCUUCCCGGAGGUCGCAGCCGUGAGGAUGUCCGCCCCGACCCCGAAACUGGCCUUGCCGACACGUGCGCCUAUGUUGCCCAGCAAGCCUGGCUUGUCAAUGGUUCUAUCAAGGACAACAUUCUUUUCAGUGCACCGCUUGAUGAGCAGAGAUACAAGGAUGUCAUUGUUGCUUGCGCUCUGGAGCGUGAUCUGGAGAUUCUUGAUAACGGCGAUGAGACCUUGGUCGGUGAGAAGGGCAUUACCCUCUCCGGUGGCCAGAAGCAGCGCAUUUCGCUGGCUCGUGCCGUCUACUCCAACUCUAAGCACCUUCUUAUGGAUGACUGCCUUAGCGCCGUUGAUUCUCACACCGCUCAGUGGAUAUUCAGCAACUGCAUCAUGGGUCCUUUGAUGAAGCAUCGCACAUGCAUCCUCGUAUCUCACAACAUCCCUCUCUGCGUUCCUUUCUCCGACUUCGUUGUCCAGAUGGCCAAUGGUCGUGUUACUGCACAGGGCUCCCCUCAGGAGCUCAUCGCGGCUGGCAAGUUCGGCGAGGACCUCGCCCAAAAGUCCUAUCCUGGCUCCGCGCAUGUCUCUCGCGUCCCUUCCCGGGUUCCGUCUAGUGUCGGAGAGGAAGGUGACCACACCAUCAUCAACGAGGCCGACGGCAGUGAAUCUCAGACUAAGGCUCAGACGAUCAAGAAGGAGCACAAGAAACAGGAUGCUAUGGAAGAAAGCAAGGCUACUGGUGCUGUUAAGUGGCCUGUCAUGAAGCUCUACCUUACCGCUAUGGGUAAAUGGUGGUUCUGGGUUUUAUCCGCGGUUGUCUUUGGCGCUCAGCAGUUCUCUGGUGUCGCCACCAGUCUGUGGAUCAAGGAAUGGGCUAACCAAUACGCUACGGACGAGGUUGUUGCCCCCACCUUCAACAUGAACUCACAGAGCUAUUCCAGCCAGACCGUCUCACCUACCUACUUUGCUUCGAUCGCCACCUACAUCAAGGGCAACGACAGCAACACUUUCUCGACCACCUCGAAUAGUGAUGUCAACGUCGGUUACUACUUGACCGUGCUGGCCAUCAUCGGUAUCGGUGGCGCCGUUGCUGCUUUCGCCAGGGACAUGUGGAUUUUCUUCGGUUCCUUGACUGCCUCGUGGAAGCUCCACCAGCGUCUGAUGCGUGCCGUCGCUGGUGCCCGUUUCAAGUUCUUCGAUGUCACCCCUCUCGGACAGAUCAUGAACCGUUUCAGUAAGGACUUGGAGGCCAUUGACCAGGAGGUUGCGCCUAUUGCUAUCGGAGUCAUGAGUUGUGUCCUCGGAAUUGGCGUCACUGUUACUCUGAUUGCCUGGAUUACUCCCGGUUUCUUGAUUGCCGGUUUCUUCAUCACUAUCCUGUACGUUUUCCUUGGCGCCUUCUAUCUCCAUGCCUCGCGCGACCUGAAGCGCCUGGAGUCCGUGCAACGCAGCCCUCUUUUCCAGCAGUUCGGAGAGACUUUGAGCGGUGUCGUCACCAUCAGAGCGUAUGGUGCUGAGAGACGUUUCAUUCGGGAAAACUUUGCCAAGAUCAACGCUCAGAUCCGCCCGUUCAUCUACCUUUGGGCUGCCAACAGAUGGCUCGCUUUCAGGACUGAUGUUCUUGGUGAUCUCGUUGCUUUCUCUGCUGGAGUCUUCGUCAUUCUCAGCCUCGGCAAGAUCGAUCCUGGUUCUGCGGGUAUUUCUCUCAGCUAUGCUAUCGGUUUUGCGGAUAACAUCCUCUGGCUGGUUCGUCUUUAUGCGAUGAACGAGCAGAACAUGAACUCCGUUGAGCGCAUCAAGGAGUACCUUGACGUCGAGCAAGAGGCCGUGGCUGUCGUUGAGGACAACCGUCCGCCUGCGAACUGGCCUGCCCACGGCUCUGUUGAGUUCAUCAACUACACUACACGUUAUAGGGCUGAGUUGGAGCCCGUGCUUCGCAACCUUACCUUCAAGAUUGAAGCCCACGAGAAGAUUGGUAUUGUGGGCCGUACUGGUGCUGGAAAGAGUUCCCUGACUUUGGCCAUUUUCCGUGCUCUGGAGGCGGAUGAGGGCAAGAUCCUGAUCGACGGUAUUGAUAUUGGUUUGAUUGGUCUCCGUGAUCUUCGUGAGGCUCUCACCAUCGUUCCUCAGGAGCCUACCCUCUUCAUGGGUACCAUCCGGACCAACCUCGACCCCUUCAACAUGUACACUGAUGAGGAGAUCUUUGCCGCUCUUCGCCGCGUGCACCUGAUCAAGGCUGAUGAGGUCAUCCCUGGUGCCGUCAGCACCGCCCUUCUUCCUCAGACCCCCGUUGCCCCUGAGAGCGAGUCGGAGCCUUCUCGCCCCGCCACUGCUACCAACAAGAACAUCUUCCUCGACCUUUCCUCUCCCGUCACCGAGUCCGGCAACAACCUCUCGCAGGGUCAGCGGCAGCUUCUUUGCUUGGCACGCGCCAUGCUCAAGAAGCCCACCGUUCUCGUCAUGGACGAGGCCACCGCCUCGAUCGACUACGCCACCGAUGCCGCCAUUCAGGAGACCAUCCGCGAGUUGACCAGCACCAUCAUCACUAUUGCCCACCGUCUGCAGACCAUUGCCGACUACGACAAGGUCCUUGUGCUGGACAAGGGCAAGAUUGUCGAAUACGCACAUCCUUGGGAGCUGAUGCAGAAGACCGAUGGCAGCUUCAGGAGUAUGUGCGAGAUGAGCGGUGACUACGACACGCUGGUCAAGAUCGCCAAGAAGGCGUACAAGACCAAGCAGUUGGUUGAUGUUGAUGAAGAGGAUGAACAGCCGAGCACGGCUACCACUGCUGAGGGAAGCGGGACUGGAGAUGAGGGAAAGAAGGAUGGGGAAAACUAAAUUUCUCUUGGAGAUGCUGAAA